UUACACUUGGCACAAUGCAGUCAGGCAAGUACCAUUCUCCUUCCAACCACCAAACCCAUACACUUCCAUUGGAUUGCCAGACAGAGAAGCAUGAUUCGCCACUCCAGAGAACACAUCUCCACUGCUCUAGAGUCCAAUGGCACUAGCAUUGCACUUGGUGAUUUUCCUAGUUGCUACCAUUUUGUUAUAUUACCACUAACAGUUGACUGUGAAAUAUUUAGUAGCAAGGAAAUUUAAAGGAUGGACUUACUGCACAAGUGGUAACCUAUCACGGAACCAAACUUGAAUUCACUGAGCUCCUGAGAGCGACCUAUUCUUUCACAAAUGUUUGUAGAAGCAGUCUUCAUUCCUA